GCUGCUAGUACAAAGUAAGUAAAGUAAAGUUAAGUAUUCUGAAACGACCAACAAAAUAAAAAAAAUACACACGUUUGUUGAAACUUUUUAUUACAACGGAGUCCGGGAAUCCCCGAGAAAAACGCACGAAAAUGUCCCACUUUCCUUCAAUCAAUCAAAAUUAAGCAACUGGUUCGGAUUACCGAACUUUCAAACAAACAAAAAACAAUUUUUCGGUAAUUAAAUCAAGUACUCUAGUUGUUGAGAACAGGGAAGAACAGUAAGUGGUUCCCUCGAUUUUGUACCCGACACUCUCCUUUAUAUAUAACUUGAAAUCAUUUUUCUCCGCUCUAAGUUCUUUACCAACAUGACGGGCAAAUCACAAUCAUUAAACAAAGUUUUUAUUGGACUUGAACAAGGUCUUAAUGUUGCAAACCAAAAACGGUUAAUUUCGUGCGAAAAACGCGAUGUUAUUUUAACCAAAAAACGAGUCGAGAAGAUAAUAUACAGGGUUGUCAAUGCUAUGAAAAAAGAGUCUUCGACAUUUUCAAAACUGUAUUGGAAAAUUUUUGGGGUUGGCAGUAUUUACGAGGAGAUAAAAAUUGGGAAAGCGGACGAAUUUGACAUUGAUUUAUUAUUGAGGCUUCCACCAAAUCUUGAAUUAAGUUUGGAGGAAAAAACCGUCCCUGGAUUCACAAAAUUUCAAAUAAAAAAUUUCGAAUGUUUGUCGUCCCUUGACUCACACGUAUACAGUGAUAUGAAAAAAUUUGUCGAUUCCAAAAAUUACCUUCUGUCCGAACACUUGAUGCGCUCCUUCAUACUUGAAAUUUUUACCAAAGCAUUGGCACAUUUUCCGAAUAAUAUUAUCACAAUCGGGGGCGAGGAACAUAAAAUUUCUAACAUCCAGUACAUCCAACCUGCGCUUACUCUGACUAUUGAGAGUCAAAAUUUUCACGUUAGUGUGGACCUUGUGGCUUCUUUCAUCCUCGGUAAAAAUUACUGGCCUGUGACAGUACAAAACAACAAUCCUCAUGCAUUUCCAAGUGAUUUUUUCGUCGUUCCUGCAAGACCUGUGGGCGAAACCACCCACAAGGAGAGACUUUGGCGCCUGUCUUUUCACGUUCAGGAGAGGCAAAUUUUGCAAAAUCGCCACAGGAUGAAAGCAGCAAUUCGAGUCUUGAAACGCAUUCGUGACCAUUUCGCACAUCCGGUACACAGUCACGCCAUCAAAACUUUAUUUUUGUGGGAACUGUCUAAAAAUAAUCCGACUUUGGAAACCACCGCCUUGUGGAAAUCUCCACUUAGUUCUGUUGUAAUUUGGAUGUUGGAACAGUAUCUAAAGUGUCUGAGUGAUGGCAAGAUUUUGGAUUUUUGGAAUCCGAAACAUAACCUUUUGUCUUAUCUUUCAACUGAGGAGAUUGAACGUUGUAGGGACGAUAUUGCGCUUAUGAUUGACGAUGUCAAGGAACGACCACGUGCGGAAGUUUUGUUAAGUUAUUUGAAGUAAAUUAUUGCGAAUAAUAAAAGUGUAGGACUAGAAGAA